CUGUCAUUAAAAUCAAGUUGUGUGUUACUUUUAUUAGAAAAAGCUGCCUCCUCGCUGCUCCGCACUGACACUGCGCAUGAGGUUGGAGUAACCACAUUCAGGAGCUCUCUUCACUCCAACAGGCGUCUGCGCCUUUUAGGUGACGGGGAGCGGUGUAACAUGAGUCGGGAUGAAAACUGUGCGCUGGAUCUGGCUGCCAGUGCAGAUGCUGAUCGCCAAAGAGAGAGAGGAGGUGCAUGAUGGUUGCUGUCCCGCUUCUGCUGCUCAUCAUAGUCACAUCUGUACCAUGUUGCCCCGCAGUUUACUCCGGACCAGUCCAGGCGGAGAUCUCCAAUGGCACUUUCCAUCACUUCUUUGUCCCGGACGGAUACUACGAUGAGACUGAAGACCCGGAGAAGUGCCAGAUGCUGUUUAAAUUCUCGGAUGUGUCUCCAUGCGGAGCCUCUGAGGAGCGCGACUCCGUCGUGCGGGACGACUUCGUCAUUGCCAAACUGCAGGCGGAGGACGCGGCGCGGCUGCUGGAGGGCAUCGGACGCACUGUGGCGCACGACCUGGACGGAGAGGACAGCUACGGCAAGUUCCUCCAGCGGGAGAUCUCCCAGAUCGGCGAGGCUUUCUCAAACGUGGAGAAGUCACUGGUGGAGCUGGAGGUGAAGUUCAAAGAAAGUCAGGAGACUGAGCUGAGAGAGGAGCAGCAGCUCAACGGCUAUGUGGUGAAGCAAGUGAGUGGCAUCAGGGACGCGCUGAGGGAAACUACAGACAUCUCUCUGGGACUGAAAGACAAACACGAGCUGUUGUCUCUCAUUAUUCGCAGUCAUGGCACCAGACUGAGCCGCCUCAAGACUGAGUAUCUGAACUUUGGCUCCUAAGGUUGUUUUGGCAAAUUAACCUGUGCGUAAUCGUGUGCGUGUGUGCGAGAGAGAAAUAGACCAUCCAGUUAAAACUGGAAAGUUCAUUGUGGUCUAUAGACUGCAUGAAUAUGUAUUUGAAUGUCUCUGACCAUUUGGUUGAGCCCAUAUUCCGAACAGUGUGUCGUUAAAUGAGCUCUAACAAAAACAUCAACACAUUCCUCUGGGUCAGGAAAAAAGAAAACUGUGAACAUAAAUUUCUCCUGCAAGGAACCAGGAGCCUGGAGCCCGCUGUUCCUCUGAGGAAGAAUUAUAUUCAGCAGAAAGUAUGAAAAUAAAAGUCUCUCAGCUGAGCAGCCAACUUUCUGUCUGUGUAUUUGAACGUAUAUAGUUUUUUGUUUUUUUUCAAUUUUAAGAUAUUACGACAAAAUAAAUACUCAUCUUUCAUCA